GUUACACACAUAGCUAUACUUCCUCGCCCUCUGCAAAACAAUCUAUCGAUGUAACCAGGUGAAGGCAAAAUAGGUAGCUAUUUCUGUGUUUUUGACCGUAUUAAAUGCAAUUCAUACAAAGUUCAAGGCAACGUUCGCUGUCGAAUCAACUACAAUCCAUUGUUUGAAUGAUAGUGAUCGACACAUUCAUUAAUCAUUCAUUGUUUGGUUUGGGAUGUGGUGUCGCAUGACAACACAAGGUUUACAGAGGGCACAGCUGGUUUGAUGCCCGCAGCUGCACAAUGGAGCUAUCUGACUCAGUCACACAUAGGAACGGGCGGCAGAGGAAGCCUGCUGUCCCCCAGGGAGACAUGAGGGACGGGAAUAGGGUUCUCAACACCACCCCUGACCUGGAAGAGGAGGGGGAAGCCCUGCUCCAAGGAUCCGACACGGAGAACAACGGACAUGAAAGUGUGCGGCCUGGGAUCAGAGAGGAGCUGGGGAACGUGUCUCUGCUGCUCUUCCUUUAUGUCCUCCAGGGCAUCCCUCUGGGCCUGGCUGGGAGCAUCCCUCUCAUUCUGCAGAGUAAGAAUGUCAGCUACAAGGACCAGGCCUUCUUCAGCUUUGUCUUCUGGCCCUUCAGUCUCAAGCUGCUGUGGGCCCCUCUGGUCGACGCGCUCUACCUGACCAGGUUUGGACGCCGGAAGUCGUGGCUGGUGCCCACCCAGUACCUGCUGGGUCUCUUCAUGCUGUACCUGUCGGUUACCGUGGAUACGCUGCUGAAAAGUGACGAGGGGCGGGGCCCCGAUGUGGUAACCCUGACAGCAGUGUUCUUCAUGCUAGCCUUUCUGGCAGCCACCCAGGACAUAGCAGUGGAUGGCUGGGCUCUGACUAUGCUGUCUCGGGAGAACGUGGGCUACGCCUCCACCUGUAACUCUGUGGGACAGACUGCUGGCUACUUCCUAGGCAACGUGCUCUUCCUGGCCCUGGAGUCAGCUGACUUCUGCAACAAAUACCUGAGAGCAGAGCCUGAAGAGACUGGCAUCGUUACACUGUCAGACUUCCUGUUUUUCUGGGGUGUGGUGUUCCUGGUGUCAACCACGCUGGUGGCCGUUAUGAAGAAGGAGAACGCCAGGGGACAGCAUGGGAAGAGGAAGGUCCGGGAGGAGACGCAGAGCGUCAUGGAAACAUACAAGAUGCUGGUGUCCAUCAUCAAGAUGCCUGCUGUGUUCACCUUCUGUAGCCUGCUGCUCACUGCUAAGAUGGGCUUCUCUGCGGCAGACGCAGUGACGGGUCUGAAGCUGGUGGAGGCAGGUGUUCCUAAAGAGCAGCUGGCGUUACUGGCAGUCCCAAUGGUUCCACUACAAGUCCUACUACCACUCAUCAUCAGUAAAUACACUGCAGGACCACGACCACUAGACGUCUUCUACAAGGCCUUUCCCUUCAGGUUGUUGAUAGGUCUGGAGUAUGCCCUGUUGGUGUGGUGGACUCCCAGUUUAAAGCAGGAUGGAGGAUUCCCUCUCUACUACUAUGCUAUAGUACUGUUCAGCUACGCACUGCAUCAGGUGGCGCUGUACAGCAUGUAUGUGGCCUGUAUGGCUUUCCAUGCUAAAGUGAGUGACCCAGUGAUUGGUGGGACCUACAUGACCCUGCUGAACACUGUCACCAACCUGGGGGGAAACUGGCCCUCCACCCUGGCACUGUGGAUGGUUGACCCACUCACCUCUAAGGAGUGCCAGGGAGCUGCUGGGCAGAAUUGUGGCUCCCCAGAGGAGACGGGGAUGUGUGUUAAGGAGGGCGGUCUGUGUGUGACGUCGUUGGAUGGUUACUAUGUGGAGUCGGUGGUGUGUGUGGUGAUAGGACUAGCGUGGUGGGUGUGGCUAGGGAAGAGGAUGAGAAGGCUACAGGACCAGAACCCUGCAGCGUGGAGGUGCAGGAUCGGCCAAUGACAUUCACCCAGCUCCUGACCUGCACAACCCCUUCCUCACCCCAGCAAGGCCCAUCACCAGACUGCUACAGUCUGAUAUCAAAGCUUCUGUCAGCAGCCUCUGACCCUGGCACGAACCUCACUGGAAAUCAUCUGUUCCUCUCUUUCUCUCAUUUCUGUUUGUCUGUCUUCCUCUGACUCUCUUUAUUUAUCUUGUCUGUCUCAUGUCUCUCUCCUCCUCUCUCUCUCCUCUUUUCUCUCUCUCAUCUCUUUUCUCUCUCUCCUCUUUUCUCUCU